GAAGCCGGAGCAGCAAAAUCUCUUCUCUAGUUUCUUUUCACUGCCCAGUUUUCUUCUCUUCCUCUCUCGCGAACGAAAAACCAUAGAAAACCAAACUUACACCAACAAACCCUCGUUUCCCCGGAUACUUUCUUCACCAGAUUAUCCAGUUUACCGAUUGAACGACUACCAUCUAGUCGCCGCGACCUGAUAGUCUUCGUCGGCCAUCAGCUCCGACUCCCGGGUCCACGACUCCCGUUCCGUCAAUGGAAGAGUACCGCCGUUGAAUCGGGCCAGCCAGAGGCAGACGCAGCAAGACAGAGAUUAUAGACCUGCAGACAGACUGAGAGAUCUAGAGGGCAUUUGGAAUUUUUGAUUUUUUUGAUGCUGUAAUGGGUGCCGCUGGCUCCAAACUUGAGAAAGCUCUCGGCGAUCAGUUCCCUGAAGGCGAGCGAUACUUCGGCCUCGAAAAUUUCGGCAACACCUGCUACUGCAACAGCGUCUUGCAGGCUCUAUACUUCUGUGUACCAUUCCGGGAACAAUUGCUUGAGUACUAUGCAAGUAAUAAAUCCACUGGGGAUGCAGAAGAGAAUCUCUUAACAUGUUUGGCAGACUUAUUUACACAGAUAAGUUCACAAAAGAAGAAAACUGGUGUCAUUGCGCCCAAGCGAUUUGUCCAGCGAUUGAAAAAACAAAAUGAGCUUUUCCGUAGCUAUAUGCACCAGGAUGCUCAUGAGUUUUUGAAUUUUUUGCUCAAUGAACUUGUUGACAUUCUGGAGAAAGAGGCGAAAGCUGUUAAAAGCGAUACAGAAACUUCAUCUCCACCUGAAAAUACUGCAAAUGGCUCAAAGAGUGCGCUGCCUAAUGGAGUUUUGAAGGAGCCUUUAGUUACUUGGGUGCACAAGAAUUUCCAGGGAAUACUUACGAACGAAACUAGGUGCUUGCAGUGUGAAACAGUGACAGCUAGAGAUGAGACCUUCUUUGAUUUGAGCCUUGAUAUAGAACAGAACAGCUCAAUAACCAGCUGUUUGAAAAAUUUCAGUUCAACUGAGACUCUGAAUGCAGAAGAUAAAUUCUUCUGUGACAAGUGCUGCAGCUUGCAAGAAGCUCAAAAGAGAAUGAAGAUAAAGAAGCCGCCUCAUAUUCUGGUGAUCCACCUCAAGAGGUUUAAAUACAUUGAGCAAUUGGGUCGUUACAAGAAGCUAUCAUACCGAGUAGUGUUCCCCCUCGAGCUGAAGCUGAGCAAUACAAUGGAAGAUUCAGAUAUCGAGUACUCGCUCUUUGCUGUGGUUGUACACGUCGGGAGUGGGCCCAACCAUGGUCACUACGUCAGCCUUGUGAAGAGCCACAAUCACUGGUUGUUCUUUGACGACGAGAAUGUUGAGAUGAUCGACGAGUCUGCCGUGCAGACAUUUUUCGGUUCAGCACAAGAGUACUCAAGUAACACGGAUCAUGGGUAUAUUUUGUUCUACGAGAGCAUCACCGCCACAAACAAGAGCUAAACUAGGAGAGAGAAAGAAAGGUGGUCUAGAUGGUUUUUUGCAAGUAGGUAACUUUAAUUAUUUGGACUUGGGUUUCUCUCUUUUGUUAUCUUUUUCUUUGUAUCUCUUUCUAGCAGUUUCACUCUUUCUUGCCAUUUCAAACUCUGCAAUCUCCAGUACCGGAGAUGCUAAGAUGGUUACAAGUUAUGAUGAUGAUGAUAUGCAGUUGUGCAAAAAAAAAAAAAAAAAAAAGGAAAAAUGUAUACUUCGUGGGCCGUUCAUGUUCAAUGUACAGCGGAUGAUGGUGGGAAACACA